AUGUUUGGACGUGGAAAUAUAGAGGACGCGAAGGAGCUUCAAGCUUCGUUCACAUGCGCAAAGCUUCCCCGAAAUAACAAGCCUGGUCAAAAAGGAAAAAACGGAAGCGCCAGACAACAGGGAAGUAGUCUGAAUAACAAUCGUCAACAGCAUACUCAGUACGGCCAAGAUAGUACUACACAGGGACAUGUUCGACAUGGCCGAGGCUUAGUAAUGGACCCUGAAGGAAAUACAAGACAGUAUCAUCCAGGAAGGUCAACUCGUGAAGGUACCGUCGCGUCACCUGGCACCGAUAGCAUUCCUAUGCUCCAAGUCACUAGAGAGCCACGAACUGGUCGCACUGGUAAUAUCACCCAACGCCAAGAAUCCCCUAUCCCACAGGCAGCUCCUAAGAUUGUACCUCGGCCAGAGCCAUGGCAAAAACGCGUGGCGUCAACUAGCGAAGACGAAAACAUUAAAGUGAAGCGCAUCAAGGGCGAAUCCACGGAUGAUUCAAGCCCACUGCAGACACAACUAAGCAACAGUCCUUCACUACUUCACAGGCAUCCUCAGAAUUCUGGUGGCCACGCUCAGACUACGCAAGCUUCGCCUACAUCUUCCAAUCAGCUACAAUCUCUCGAGCCAACCCAAUCCAACAACAAUGCCUUGGGUCCUACUUUGGCACGCGGCUCUAACACCAUUAAGCCGGCCUUCCCUUGUAACAUGGGUCCUUGGCGCGAGAGCUCAGAAUCUAUCCGUUCCGACUCAUCGUCCUCCGACUCAGAAAGCGAUUCAACGAGUCUUAGUGCAAUACAACCCAUUCCUGGAAACGAAGGUGAUGGCGACGUGGCUAUGAGUGGCGUAGAGGCAGGCCACAAAGCCAAAGUAGGGCUUCAAGGUUCACGAUGGAACUUCAAGAACCCUAAUCACUAUCCCGAGAAAACCAGACACAAGUCUAAGCUUAAUACUAAGCUUUCUUCCGGAUAUCUUUGGGAAGAUUCGAUGCAUGUUGAUCCACCGACACAGGAAAGACGCGGUCCCUCUGCCCCGACCGGCCAAAUUGUGAUGAGCGGUAUCUCUAAGGGACCUGGCCUCGCAGACUCUCGCUGGGCCUCGUAG